UCCAGGGUGCCCGGAGGAAGAGGAGCUGUUUCCCAAAGGGAGUCCGUGGAGCUGUCGGGGGAGUCAGGGUAUCCCCGCCGCGGUGAAUGCAGGCUGGGCCUCUGGGGGUGCGAGGGAUGUGCGAGUGUAGGUCAGAGACCGCCUUUUCCUGGGGGAAGCCAUCCCUGUGGCUCUAGGAGGUCGGAGGUCGUAGCAGCAAGGCGGGCAAGUUGGAGACUCCUGCUAUAACACAUCUGGGCCGAGGUCUCGGACAUCUCACCACCGGACUCACACACACAUCGGCUUUGUUUUUGGCAUCGCAGAUUCUCCAGCCAAACAACCAGGACAACACCGAGAGGGCUCCGAGACCUCGGUGCGGGGUGCUUUGCUAGCAGCCGUGGUGGAGGGACGAGGACGUCAGCCCCAGUGCUCAGGACACCCAGUUAUCACUCUCCCGUGCCUGUAGCUGAUGACAGCCAUGUCAGCUCAAAAGGACAGAUUGGUUUCUUCCUUCUCUUUCCUGCUCUUUUGUGCUUCGUCUAUCCCAAUGCAUGGAAGUGCGAGGGUGCUGCAGGAGCUGAGCCCCCAGCGGUAUUUCAGUACCUUGCAAGCCGGCAGAGCAUCCCUAGCUUAUUUCAGCCAUAAUGUUUCACCUGGUGCUGGGCCCUUCUUGGAGCAGAUUGAGAACUCAGCAGAGGCUCUCCAGGACUAUGGCAUUUCAGUGGUGAAGGUUAAUUGUCCCAAAGAGGAUGUCUCAAGAUACUGUGGAAAGGAAAAUACAUUAAGGAAUGCUUACCUGUUCAGAGGUAACAUGCUGAUCAGAGAGUUCCCCAUGGAUUCCUUGUUUGACGUGGACUCCAUUGUUGCUAACGUUUUGUUUGCCCUGCUCUUUAAUGAAGUUAAAUACGUUGAAACACUGGCAGAUCUUCAGAAUUUUGAAAAUGCCUUGAAAGGGAAGGCAAAUAUGGUCUUUGCCUAUGUACCAGCUACUGGGACAGCAGAGCACAGAGCCGUGAUGGAGGCAGCUUUUGUCUAUGGGACUGUCCACCAGUUUGUUCUGACAACUGAGGCAACACUGUUGAAAGACAGUAGCACGGAUGAGCCUGAUGUGUCAUCAGCCUCGCUGGUGUUCUGCCACUGCCAGCAGGCAACAGACCUGGUGCAGCCCUGCAGGAGGACAGCCAUGGAGCAAGCUCUGACAAUGCUCAACAUCCACAGGCACCUCAAGCUCAUGGGGGCUCCUCUGGUGACAGAGACUGCUGAGGACCCAGAGAAGGUUUCUACCGUUCACUUACAGCUUGGGCUACCACUUGUGUUCAUUCUCAGCCAGAAAGAGACCUACGAGGCUGACAGGAGGACAGCAGAGUUUGUGGCCUGGCAGCUCCUGGGGAAAGCAGGAGUUGCCCUUUUGUCCAGGGACCUUUUAGGUUUGAAUGUUCUGCGCCGGUCAAACAUUGCGCUCAAGAUGCCAGAUAAGGGAGUGCCGAUCAAAUACUUGCUCUUGGAAGACACUGAUGAAGUUAUAACCCUGGUGAAAGAUAAGAACAAGGUCAAACAAAUCCAGGAGGAUGAGGGGGAAGAGGAAGAUGAGGAUGAAAAAGAGAGUAACAAUCAAGACAUUCAGGAUGAUGAGGUGGUGGAAGCAGUUUCCAGGGACAAGAAGCGAGAGCUGCCCCUGGAGCAGAUUCGUGUCCUGACAGAGGAAACCUUCCGUUCUGCUCUCUUGGAGACUGCCCUGACAGUGGUGCUGUUUUAUGCCAGCUGGGAGUCAGUGUCCCUGGCAGUGCUGAGGUCUUACACAGAGGUGGCUGCUCACCUGGAAGGAACUCAGGGGGUUUUACUUUCUCGGGUAAACUGCUGGGACUGGCCUGGCAUUUGCACAGAAGAGAAUGUCACUCAAUUUCCUACCAUUAAGAUUUACAAGAAGGGAGAGAGAUCAGUGAUAUACGAUGGCAUGUGGGGAACCAGAGAACUGACCAGUUUCAUCAUGCUGAGCCGAGUUUCCUGCCCUCUGAAGCUUGCGACAAUUGAUGAAGCAGAAGGAUAUUUAAGAGGCGAGUUUCCAUCUGAGCUGUCAUCCUAUCACCACACUUCACUUCUAGGAGUUUUUAGGACAGCCACAAGUGAAGCCAGGGAAGCUUUCGAAGAGGCAGGAAACAUCUUAAGUGGCCAUGUAACGAUGGGGAUGUAUUUUGAAGAUGAUGCCUUUGCUUUAUCCCGUAAAUAUGGAGUGUCUCCCCCAGCCCUCCUCCUUCACAGGGGCAGAGGUGAGAGCGUGGAAAGCAUCACUUUGUCCAAACAGAGUGCACAGGACAUGGUGCAGAUGAUCAGAUAUGAAUUGCUGGACAUUUUUCCAGAAAUCACCGUGCAAAAUCUGCCUCACUACUUGCAACUCAGAAAGCCCUUCCUCAUUUUGUUCAGUGAUGGUGAUAUCGGUCAAGUGGAAAGCGAAGAAAUGCUGAAGCUGGCAAAAGGAAGACCUCAUCAAGCAUUUGUGGCUUGCUGGUUGAACUUGAAAAAGACUCCAGUGGGACGCGGCGUCCUAAAGGCAUACUUUGCCACCAUGCCUUCACUGCCUGUUCUCAUCUGGGUGAACCUUCAUGUUGGGGGUCAGGUAUUCAAGUUCCCAUCAGAGCAGUCCAUUGCUGAAAUGAACAUCUUGUCUUGGCUGGAGAAGCUAAAAGCAGGACUGGAGAUUCCCAGCAGUACCUUGUCUGAGGAAGACUGGAAACCACCUCUUCCUGCUUACGACUUCCUUCAGAUGAUGGAGAGUGCCAUGCCUGAGCUCCCACUCCACACAUCCCACCACCACAGGGACACACUGAAACAGCACCUGCCUGAAAGCCCAGGAGGGGACACAGUCACCCGGGACGAGCCAUCCCAGGAGACCAAGGCAGAGAAAGUGGGGUCUGCUGGGAGGGACCUGCGUGGGACGGCCCCAAGGCUGGCAGCAAGGGAGAAGCAGGGCAAGAGACACAGCGAGCUCUGAGAGAUGGACAUAACCCUGCCCGGGGCAAUGAAAGAAGUGGGAUGGUGCCCAGAAAACUCACUUUCCCAGGUCUGUAUGAGCCUUUACAUCAAGGAGAGAAGUGCUUUUAGCUGUAAAUUAAUGGUGAAGGGAUAAAACAGCCCCUAAGGCUCAGUGUGAGCUCCCAGCUGCAUUGUGCUGGUCACUGUGCAAUGGCUGUGAUUAGAUGAUCUUGAGGUCCUUUCCAAUCCUAACUACUCUAUGAUUUCUGAUGUCAGAAAUUUGUCCAUACACCCCACAUGCUGGCCCUCCUCGGCCUGCUGUUGGGAUUGCGUUUCACAGCAAGCAGUGAGAGCAAGGAAGGUUGCUGUGAGGAAGCUUGGCCCUCCCAAUAGGUGGGGGAGAGAUGGGGUGAGCUGACCACAUGCUAGAGGCUCUUCUGCAUAGCAAACUACACUGGAACUACACUGAAACUGCUCUGCAGUUUCUGUCUCACACAUAGGUGCUUUGGUUGCCCCCACGCAGGAAGGGUGAGUGAUUCCAGGAUAAAAAGCACAUUUCUCUCUUUCCAGUUGCAGCAGCAGCUCUACUCCUGUGUUGGCAAGUCUUGCUCUCAAAUAGCAGUGUGGAGCUGGGAGGAAAAGCAUACCCCCCACUCUCCAGGUCUGCUUAAACUGGCACCCACUUGUGUUUACACCUGGCUUGUGAGCUGCAUUUGUGAGCAUGCUCAUCCUCAGGGGUUAGAGAAUUACCUGGUUAAAGCAGUGUUAUUACGAAGGCUGGGGCUCAGAUCAUCACAAGAGCCAAGAAUAGCUGGGACAAAAAUCUGCCAGCAAAUCCCAAGGGCAGGAAGGUUGGAAGAUGGCUUUGCUCAAUGCUGGCAUUUUCUUGGUUACAAGCCCAGAGGGUUAUUUGCAGCCUUGAUUUUUCUUUGCUCUUGGUAACAGCAGCGAGGUUGGUGCCUGCUGAGCUGGGGAUAUGCAGGGAGUGAGGUCUGCAGAAAGCCCAAUACUUUGGAAAUAAGGAGGGAGAUGAAAGGUCGGGCUGGCAGUGCUGGGGACAGACCCUGCUGAGGUGGGAUGGAGCUGCUUCAUGUCCAUAUCUAGGUGGAGAGAGGCUUUCCAGCCUCUGCCCAUCUCCUGGGGACAGCAAAAAUUCUGUCAUUCCUUGCUGGAGUACCUGAGUGUGGAGGCCAGCAUGGGAUGUGGGCUGGGGUGACAUGUUUUGGGGGAAGCUUUGUCUGAUCCCACCCAUGGCAUGAUAAUCUUCCCAUCCCCUUCAAUAAACAUCUGCUCCCUUCCACAGCACUACUGAGAUGUGCCAGGAGGGUUGGAUCCUCCUUCUCCUCCUUAUGGUUCUGAAGUUACUGGGGAGGGGGAAAAUUCAUGGUAAGGAACUUCUGAGACCACUGUAACAUCUGUAUUUCUCCUGCAAGCAGCCCUCAUUGCAUGAGCAUACAGUAGACAGGCUGGUCUUCCUGGGGACUCCAGGUGUCAAAGGCGCUGCUCACCCCGAUGGCUGGUCCCAGCUCCGGGAAGAAACCCUUUGGCAAGGAAUUGGGCUGUCAGCAACUGAGGAAGCUUUCCACAAGCGCUUCCACCCCCUUGCUCCCCUUCCACAGUUCGUUCACUGACCACUCGUUGCACAUUGCAAUGUACGUGGCCAAAUCUUCCACACCAGAAGCAUCAUAUUCUUCACUGUCUUCCUCCCUUUCACUGCUGCUGCUGCUGCUCACCUCAGGGCUUCUUUUGGUAAAGCAGCAGCAGAGCCUCACAGUCAGGAGGAGCAGCAAGCCAGCAGUCACCCAGAAUUUCCAGUUCCACAAGGCAGCAGAGAGCAGGCAGCUCCAGGUCACACCAUUUUGCUGUAUUCCCUUCAUCUCUUCAACCUGCUGCAGCUCCUGCCCCAUCCGAGCCAUCUCCUUGAUAAGCAUCACUGAACGCUGAUGCAUGUGCUCACAUGUGGCUUCAUCCAGCACACCACAGACCUUGAGCACGUUAGAGAAUACGCUUUGCACAACCCAGAGUAAGAGCCUUGUGAGAGCCAUGGCCUGCAGGAGAAAGAAGGAAUUCAGUGGGGCUGGGAUGCUCUGUGGCAUACUGAACUGAGUUAAAAAAUAAUCUUUCCAAAGAAUAAACC